AUGAUCACUACAAUCCCAGAAACAAGAACAAUGCUUAGAAACCAACAAGCAUCUAUCCACAACAUUGAAACACAGCUGGGGCAACUUGCUCAACAAAUCAAUCAAAGAUCACCGGGAGAACUUCCUAGUAAAACCGAAAACAACCCACGAGGCACGCACAUAAAUAUAGUCACAACAAGAAGUGGGAAGAUAAUUACUCCUCUGGCCCCUAUUCAGACUGAAGCACCCAAAGAAUUGCAAAAGGAGGAUGCAGAAAAACAAGACCAAAAUCAAAAGCUGCAUGCCCGAGCUAAGCAAGAAAAGCAGGAAGAGGAAUACCAGAAGUUUCUUGACCAUAUAAAAGCUCUUCAAAUCAACAUACCAUUCAUCGAAGCAGUCGCGCAAAUGCCAAAACAUGCAAAAUUCCUCAAGGAGCUUCUAACCAAUAGAAGGAAGAUGGAGGAGGUGAAAGAAGUAGUUCUUAAUGAAAACUGCUCAGCUGCCAUGUUAAACAAAAUACCAAAGAAGAAGGGUGACCCAGGAAGCUUGACAUUGCCUUGCCAAUUUGGUAACUUGGCUACCAUUCAUGCUUUGGCUGAUUCGGGAGCAAGUGUGAACCUCAUGCCUUAUUCAUUCUUUAAGAAAUUUGAUCUCCCGGAACCAAGGCCAAUUUGGAUGGCAAUUCACUUAGCAAAUAAAACAGUCACAUUUCCAAGAGGAAUAUGUGAAGACUUAUUGGUAAAGGUGGACAAGUUUGUAUUUCCCACAGACUUUAUAAUUCUAGACAUGGAAGCGGAUCCUCAAGUCCUGAUCAUCCUUGGAAGACCUUUCCUCAACACGGUAAGUGCUAUAGUGGAUAUGAGAGACUCGAAGCUUACUUUAUGGGUGGGAGAUGAUUCAAUCACUUUCGGGGUUGAUCAAGCUAUGAAGCAUGCGAGGAAUAGUGAUGACACGGCGUUCUCGAUUGACAUGUUUGAUGAAUUGAUGGAGGCAUGUGAUAAUGAAGAUCCCAACAAGUCCACCACCAUCUUUGAUGAAGAAUUUGAUGUUGAAAAAGACUUAUUGGAAAUCGAGAGACUGCUGGAAGAAGCUGAGUAUGAAGAAUUAGUGAAGAAUUAUGAUCAAGCUACUCGCCGAGUAGACCCGAUCUACUUGCUGAGUCCAUUUGAAGAAACAAAAGAAUUUGAUGAGAUUUAA